UUAUGGCUUCUUUAAUUGACCCCAUUAAAUUGAAGUUCACAAAGCCACACAAGAAUCGGACUAUCAUAAUCAGAAUGCAUGUAUUAGCUAACAAAUCUAAUCAACCUUUUGACUUAUAGUGGAUUAGCUGCUUUCCCAGCUCAUAGCAAAUCAUUAUCAAUGAGAAGCCAUUGAACAAUGCUAGGAAAUGGGAGACUUUUUCAUCCCGGAAUUCUAGUGCAUGAUGGACCCUUUGGAAUAACUCUUUAAAGGAGUUGGGACUGACCUCCAUUCAAUCUCACCACUGGUGACUCUAGAGUUUACAACAAACUAUAUUUAAGAACAUUCCAUUAGCAUUCUGCAAGAUACCUCCUCUCUUGCUAAUCACCAUUUUCUAUCCUCAUUAACUAGCUGUCUCUCCAUUCAACUAUUCCGAGAAAAAGCCUCAUGCAUUGGCUGUCAAGCCACCUGUUCCAACCUACCAUAAUCAAGUUCAUGAGUGUUAACAUGCAUCAAAUUUACUCAGAAAGUAACAAAGCAUAGUCAAUUAUGAUUGAAGAUGCCUGAAUACUUGAUACCUGCCCAUUGUGUUGGUCAGUGGGCACCAUCAGUGUAGUCUGGAGCAGUUCAUUUCCAGUGAAACUAUUACUUCAAGUAUCAUCUUGGUGAAUGCACAAUUCUGAAGUAUCCAAAUGGAUCUCACUUGGUCCAUGGCAGUGACAGGUCUACAAACUUUUAAAUCCUCCAAUACUUACAAUGUUAACAGUUUUGAUAACUUGCAGCUGAUUGAUCAUGGAGAAGGUCAUUAUUGUUUCUUUGUAGAGCUUUGGAGAUGAGCAAGUCCAGAACAGCACUGACUACUGCCUCAGCAACAAUGAGUGACAGUCGGGAGCAACACCUGGUAACUUGUGAUAAAUAAUGGCAAAUAUUUUCUGGAUUAAUAUGUUUCGUUAUCUAGUGGCAUUGCUUUUAAAAAAGACAAAUGAUCACAAUAAUCAAUCCCAAAUGCAUCAUUCAAGUAAAUUUAUAUUUUGAAUUUUUGGAUGUCAUAUUUGGUGUUUUAUCAACAUGUAUUCAUUGCCAUCUCGACUAAUAUAUAAUUCAAUUUGUUUAUAAAUUUUACAUCAGUUGUUAUGUGUUCUAAUAAUAUUUAUUUAUCAAUCUGAUGAUAUAAUAAUUUUGACUGGAUCCCCAACUAAUUAUCAUAAUUGCAAGCUAAUUACACAUCUUGGGGAGGUCACCACUGUGGGGCCCCGUAGGGUAAAUCUUUUUUUGGAAUUAUUCUCCUCCUCGCACUGUUUCGGGUCCCAUAUAAGAAAGGUUUGGGUGCGGGGCCCUUUAAGACCCUCCAAUAUCUCGAUCGCGUCGGUAUCCCGUUCUCUUCGGCGAAGACAGCACGCUACAUGCCGGCAGUCGCCUUGAGACGCCGCCGUUGCGCGCAAGAUCGCUGAAGUGGGAUCCUAAUUCCUCUUGAUUUCUCUACAGCGCUCGGAGUUGGUAGAAAGAUGCGGUCUUGAUGGGUAUUCUGCAGCUUUUCUGACAUCGCCUGCAUAUUCCUCGUGGAAUCGAAAGGUUCACUCAAUUUCCUUGAUAUAACUCGUAUCCAGUUGCUGGUUUGUAGAAGUUGAUUUGUGCUUAGUGUUCGUACUUUAUUUUUGUCACAGAGUGCUGGGUAUUUAAUACUACAUAUCCUUGCCAAUGACUGAAGAGGCAACAGAGAAGGUUACUGUCUCCAUAACCCCUGAGAUAUUCAAACCUAAAAGUUCUGUAAGGAGAUUAUCAAUGGGGAAAACAAAAACAAGAACUUCACCAUGUUCUCCAGAAAGUGAGGAAAAGCCUGUUCCCCAUUACCUUAGAACUUCUACAGGUUCUUGCCAUGACUUCUGCAAGUAUGGAAUAAAGCAUGAUCUUGAAGCUAAGAAAAGGCGGCCUGCUCGUCAAAUAUUCUUAGCCAAUAAAGAGAUGCCUGAUGAUGAGAAUAAUCAAGUGAAUGCUGCGGCUCAGCAAGACAGGAGAAAGAAAGUAAGCCAUAAGAUAGUGGUUUCUCAGGAAAAAGAACAACGCACUAAAAAAUCUGAGGUAAUUAAACAGAAUGACCUGCCACCUGAGAAGAUAAUUCAGCUUUGUGACUCACUUACAAAUUUGGCAGAAGGAUCAGCUGAAAAGUAUUCAAAUAUGAAGUUUAGUUUCCCUUCAACUGACCAGAUGAUUGAUUCAUUUCUUGGGCAUUCACCUGCAAAUCAAUCUGAUAAUUCAACAGAGGAAUCAACAAACAUCAAGCUAAUGACCCUGUCAUCCGUCUCAACAAUCAAUGAAUUUGAUGAGCAUAAACCAACUAAAUCGUCUGAAGUAUUGUCUGAGAAGACUGUAAGCAUCAAGCUUGAUCAGACAGCAACUCAGAAUGGUGAUGACUCUACUGAGCUUGCACCGAUAGAAGGAUCAUCUGCAGAACCUGUUAUGGUAAAGCAUAUGGUUACAGCAUCAACCCAACAUAUCAGGGAUUCAGCCCUGCAUACAACUGUGAUGGAAGACACUGAAUUUGCUGAGCAUGUAACAACCAGUAGGCCAGACGCAUCACCAGAUAAAUCUACAGAAUUACCCAGAUCAUCCAAUUUACCCCCAAACAUGAAACCUAAGAAAUACAAGGAUGUAUCAUCUGCUUGGAACGGACUUGCCAAUGGUGCAGCAGGAUGUACUGGGGAAGAUUCAACCAUGAAACGGAAAGCAACAUUAUCCACUGUACCUGCUACAGGCUCACCUCUAUAUCAGGAGGAAGAAUUAUCUAACCAAGGAAAACAGGUAAUUAGUUCUAGUGUAGGUUCCGAAGCAAGCAGAGAUGUGAACAAGCUCAAGAGAGGAAACAAAAUUAUUGGUAUCUCUCACCGACCUAAAGUCAUCAGACAAGGAAAGAUUGAUCUAUCUGGGGUACCAAAUGGCAAGACUGCACCAAAUGUAUGGAAAACAGUAUCUUCUGUCAAGCCAGAGGCUGAACAGAGGAUCAUAUCUGUAACACCUAGAGUAGUCAAGGAAAAAGCUUUAUCAGCUAGUAAGAAUGUCGAUGCAUCUCCUGAACGUGCAACCUCCAUGAGAAUCAAGAAUCUAUCAUUUAAAACUAUAUCCCGAUUGACUUCUUCAGGGGGACUAGCUCGAAGGAACAACGAGAGAAUAAUCAAGUUUUCAAGUCAAUCAGACAGAAAAGAGAAAGUACUGGAACCAUCAUUAUCCUCUCCGUCCAUGAAACCUCAUACUAGUAGAGUCUCAACCACAAAGCCAAGGAUGUAUAGGAAUGUGGGCACUGCCUCCCAAGUGAAAAAUCAAACACGAGCUGGAAAGUUGGGAAUGAAGAAAGAGACUUUGAAUGUCCGUGAGGCAACACCGGAGAAAAUAAAUCUCAAAACUAUGAAGCAAGAUCUGAGGAAGAACAAAUCACAUCCAUCAGAUGAGAAAGAUCUUGACUCUGGUUCUAAACUUGGUGAAGUUUUACGAGAAGCGGUAACGCAGAGAUUUCCCACUGUUAUUUCAAAGGGUGAAAUUCAGAGGAAACAUAGAAGAACUGCAAGUGUUCACUCGGAAGAUAAAAUUUCCGCAUCCCACAAAUUAAAAUUCAACAGAGGUAAGGUAGUCAGCCUGCAACAUGAGAGCAAUGCUCCAAGAAUACUCAGAUUCAGGCGGGCUAGAACAGCAAAUAACAUCCAAAAUGCUAAAGGAGAUGUAUACACAAAAGGCUACAAAAGCAAGACAGGGCCAAGUGGUGCAGACUCAAAUUCUCCUAUGUCAAAAGCACCUACUGUUGUUUUAAGACAUCAAGAUGCGCAGGAAAAGAAGGAUACCCAAGGUUUGUUAAACCAGGUGAUUGAGGAAACUGCUAGUAAACUUGUGGAGACCAGGAAGAGCAAGGUGAAGGCCCUGGUUGGUGCUUUUGAAACCGUCAUUUCUCUCCAAGACAGCAAAGCAGCUCCCCAUGCUGUUCCAUGAAUACGUUCUGUUGCUUUGUCUUAAGGAUCGGUUCCCAUAUAAUAGUUUCUUCUGUGGCAUCGGAUAUUUUUGGGGAUUGGAUUGCACAAAUACCACGCCAACAUAUUGAAAGGUUUUCUAAUUUCAACGUGAACAAAGUUGAGUAUGAGAUUGAAAGGGUAACAUCUUUGCAGGGAUUGUUUUGUGAUGCUGUAUUGUUCAUAGUGAUUUUGUCUCUUAUUUCCCUACUCGGGGAAUAUAUGUUUUUUUUUCUUUUCCAUACUCUGUCAUAAGCUUUGUUAAUGAUACGCACAUUUUGGAGUGGUUGAACAAUAAAUACAUUGUGUAUUCUUUUGUUCA